UCAAUUACAACAACCCUGUCAAUGUUUUAACAGCGUACAUGAAGAAUAGAUGAAGAAUUAACGAAGACUCCAUUAAAAUCUGAAAAAGUACAGUUAAAACCUGAGCAGACAUGGGGGGUCAGUCGUCCUCCAUAGACCGGUUCCAGGGGGUUCGUGUGGUCGUGGUCGGCGGGGGAUUUGGGGGCAUCGCUGCUGCUCAGGGUCUGAAAUCUGAAGGAAUCCCUUUCACUCUGAUCGAUAUGAGAGAUGCUUUUCAUCACAAUGUGGCGUCACUGCGAGCGUCAGUUCAACCCGGCUUUGCUCAGAGCACCUUCAUCCCGUUCGCUGAGACGUUCAAGGACAGUUUUGUUCAGGGUAGAGUUGAACAAGUGGACGUUGACAGACAGACGGUCAUUCUACGCGAUGGACAGGAGAUCCAGUACACCCACCUGAUCCUGUGUACUGGGACUGAUGGUCCAUUUCCUGGGAAGUUCAACACAGAGGCAUCAUUUCAGACGGCGAUCCAGGCCUAUGACGACAUGGUCACUCAGAUGCAGGCUGCAGACUCAGUGUUGGUGAUCGGUGGAGGUUCCACUGGAGUGGAGAUGGCUGCAGAGAUAAAGACGGAAUAUCCACAGAAGAAGGUGGUUCUGGUCCACUCCAGGAUAGCUCUGGCAGAUUCAGAGCUGCUCCCUAGUGUUCGACAACAGGCCAAGGAGGUUCUUCUGGAGAAGGGGGUGGAGCUUCUGCUGGGGCAGAAGGUGACAAACCUGUCGCAGCUGCAGCUGAACGUGACCAGAAAAAACACUGAGGUCACCACAGAUAAAGGCCUGACUCUGACCACAGACCUGAUCAUCUGCUGCACCGGAGUCAGGGUCAACUCUGCAGCCUACGCAUCUAACCUGGCCGAUUGUCUGGCUGAUGACGGAGCUCUGAAGGUCAAUGAACACCUACAGGUUCAAGGUUUUUCUAACAUCUUCGCUGUGGGCGACUGUGCCAACAUCGCAGAGCCAAAGAUGGCAUACCAUGCCGGACUGCAUGCCGCCGUCGCUGUUAGCAAUAUCAGCAAUAGUCUGAGUGGCAAACCACUGACGUCUUAUCGGACAGGGAGUGUCACCAUGUUGCUGGCGAUGGGUCGAGAUGACGGCGUGGGUCAGUUCAACGGGCUGCGUCUGCCUCGAUGCCUUGUCGCUCUGGGGAAAAGCAGAGAUCUUCUGCUGUGGAAGAGUUGGAGGGAAAUGGAGCAGAAACAACCGUGACCUGAACAUUUUCCUCAGACCUCGCUCAGGACCUGAGACCCGGUCUUUAUCCUUGGAUGAACCCGCACAGCAUCACAUCUCCAUGACAUCCUGUAGCUAUGAGGCUGAGGCUGGACCAAAAAUCUGGUCAUUUAUGGUCAAAGGUCAGAGUUCUUGUGCCUUCCUUCCAUUCAUCCUCCUUCUUGUUGGUUUAUUACGUUCAAUAAAAUACAUUAGACAAACAAAGAAUAGACUGAUUUGAAUGUCAACAUUAAUAUUAAUUAAAAGAUUAAUUAAAAAUAUAUCAAGUCACCUCUACUUUGAGUUUUAUAGACAGAGUUUACUUUAUUUAGCAGUUUAUUUCUAUUACCAUUAGGUAUAUAUUCAACAUAAAUCUAUUACAUUUUAUAUAUGUUAUAAGAGCGUACUGUAUCUACUGCUUCAUAUUUGAUGAAACUGUUCAAUAAUGUCAUAAAUCCUCUGAUUCCUUAUUAAUCCAACAUUUUGCAGCUUCUCUAACAUGAGAAUGUAUUUUUUUCUUUAAUUUGUAGAAGAUGAUACUGAGUACAAUCUACGUCAAAUGAAACUAUUAUAGCCUGUAGAUUUAUAAAAGAAAUGAUAAUGAAAUGAGCAGGUUAAUCAGAAAGUGUUGUAGCAAUCGACUGGAAUGUUUGUGUACAAUUACUGAAGUUGUAUUUGAUGCAGAAAGUAUCAGGACACACAGACAUGGUAUUAGUGCUUUAAACUCCAUAAAAUAAUGUUCACUGAACGUUUUCUGUUAUUGAACUGUGAUUUGAUUUCAGAAAUGUUGCUCUCUCUCUCUCUCUCUCUCUCUCUCUCUCUCUCUCUCUCUCUCUCUCUUCUCUCUCUCUCUCUUUCUUUCUUUCUUUCUCUCUGUCUCUCACUCACUCACACUCACACACACACACACACACACACACACUCUAAAACCAGGUGUGCUGUAUAAAAAAAAAAACACCUGUUAAUGUCACAGAUGUGUCCCAGUUUGUCAGUGAUGGACAUUAACAACGUUCUGCUGGAGAAGAUGAUCGUCAGUCAAUGAACACCAGAGACAAGUUUAAAAAAAAAGACAAUUAAAUGAAAGAAAAGCAUCAGAUCUUCACUCACAUUUAUUUUAAAAAGAUUAAACAAACCACACAGUGUAAGGGACCUUAACCCUAACACUAACUGUUAACCCUAACCUUUAACCCUUAACCUUAACCCUAACCCUUAUCCCUAACACUAACCCUUAACCUUAACCUUUAACCUUAACCCUAACCCUUAUCCCUAACCAUUAACCCUAACACUGACCCUUAACCGUAAUCCUAAAGAAAGAAAAGUAUCAAAUCUUCACUCACGUUUAUUUUAAACAAACCAACAACCAGACAGUGUAAGGGACCUUAACCCCAAUUACAACCCUUAACCAUAACCCUCAUCCCUAACACUAACCCUUAACCCUAACCGUUUACCCUUAACUGUAACCCUGACCCUAACCCUUAACAUUAACAUUAACCCUUAACCCUUAACCCUAAUCCUAACCCUUAUCCUUAACCCUUAACCCUUAUCCUUAACCAUAAACCUUUGUAUGGGAAACACUGUUCCAUGGAUACAGAAAGCCUGUGCCAUUUCAUUUUUCUUCAUUUGUUUUUUUCAUUUUUUUUCUUCAUUUUUUAUAUAAAAUUAAAACAAUAAAAAAAUUCAUUGUGAUCACAGACCAUUUUUGCUUUUGGUUUAUUUGGGUUUCAUUUGUGUAGACCAGAUCUGUUUCAUCUGAAACUGAAUGAGAGCCCGGUUUAUUCCUGUAGAGGGCGAUGUGGUGCUGUUUCUCCAAACCCAUAAACACCUUCACCUCUUCCGAUGCAUGUGCAGGGUUUUGGGCCUCCAAAUGUGACCCUUUGUCAAAAAACAAUGAUAACAAUCUGAAUAAUUACAAGACGGCUGUUCUGCUAUUGAAGCUCAGACCCAAAUAAAAACCAACUUUUGUAAACUGUAAUGACUUUAAAGUGUUAAAAUGUUGUUCGACUCCGUUAUGAUUCAUGACUAAAUUAAUAAAACAUGGACAGGUGUGCAGUGAACCUGGUCCCAUGGAAUAAAUCACAUCCAAU